GAUGUACCAGAAUUCAACCCAAUGUACUUCAUUUCUGAACCCUCCAACGUUAUCGCCGUUCCGGGUUCCUCAGUGACGCUCAACUGUUCAGUUCACUCCCUUCUAGUGCCUACCAUCCGAUGGACCAAGGACAGUAGUCCGGUGCAGGCAAAUGACCCGACCAGGACUUUACAGUCCAAUGGGGCGCUGCGCAUUGCCCCGGUGUCCCUGGGUGACGAAGGCUCAUACCAGUGUAGUGCAGAAAUGGAUGACGGAGAUACUUACACAAAUCUGAUCAGCAGACGAGGAACUGUUACUGUUGCAAAAUUGGUUCUCCAAGAUGGCCCGUCAAGCACAACAGCAUUUGAUGGGGAUACCGUGUAUUUUGAAUGUAGUUUCAACUCAGUCCCAGCACCAGAAAUAAGUUGGUCCAAAAAUGCCCAAGUGCUAGACCUGACAGAGGAACGGAUCUCGGCCCGAUACACCCUGAUGCCCAGCGGUGGGUUGGAGAUUAGAGAAGUGAGGUCAACGGACGCAGGAACCUACCGAUGCCGAGCAACUAAUCCUAUGGUCACUUCACCGGUCCAGAGCCCUAAUGCUGUCCUGACUGUAAACCCAGGAACGAAUCCCUCCUUUCAGUUCAUCAAGGCUCCUCAGGAGACGGAAGCACCUGUUGGCCAGACCGUCGUCUUGGAAGCUGCCACCGACUCACCGGCCACCUUCACUUGGUUCAAAGACGGCGCUGAGAUAUUCAUCGUGGGAUCCGGUACAGAGGAUCACUAUGCCCUGCUCGGCCAGGGGAGUCUCCGAAUCAAGCAACUCGGAGAGAUUGACACUGGGCUCUACCGCGUCUUGGCCACGUCUAUCGCUGAUGGCACCGCCCUGGAUCGCAUCGUCAAGGUUACCGCAUUAGUUCCCUUGAAGUUCAACAUCCGCCCGCAGAACACCUACACCAACGUCGGGUCCUCGGUGACUCUCAACUGCAACGCGUAUGGCAUCCCGGGUCCUACCACCACUUGGUCCAAGGAAGGCGAGGAGCUGGAGCCCGGCGAUGUGUACCUGGUCAGUGCCGGGAGCCUGACUAUUGACCAGGUCAUCCAAGAGGAUGCUGGGAUAUAUCAGUGCGUCGCUGACAACCGGUUGGAAAACAUCCAGGCGUCUGCUGAGCUGAUUGUAUUGAGAGAGGGUGUUCCCAUCCCAACGCGCCCCCCUACGACAACCGUAACCAUGUCACCAGCGCCCCCACCGCCAAUAACAACUAAAUCUCCCCCCGGCCCACCAGACACAGGACCGGUACCCGGCAAGCCGCUCACCUUGACGGCCGCGGACAUCCAGGCUCAGUCAUUCCGCUUGACUUGGAGGGAACCAGUGCAACUGAAUGGUGCCCUGCAAAGCUACAGGAUUUACAUUAAGUGGAAUGGAGGGCAAAAGGUUGAAACUGUGCAUGACCUGGGUCAACUAGCAAAGGUCAUCAGUGACCUGAUUCCAGAGACGAGAUAUGAGGUCACCGUCUUUGCUUUGAAUGAGAACGGAGCUGGAGAAUCGUCCGAUGUCUUGGUCGUUGAGACGUUACCUCAUGGGGAGUAUCUGGGAUCGCCGACCGGUGUCCGGGCGCGAGGGGAGGAUGGAAGCUGUACUGCCCUCUUGAUGACCUGGGGGGCACCCCAGGGAGACGUCCUCAACUACAAGGUCUUCUACGCCGAUCUGAGCGCAGGGGUGGCCCAGGAACUGGAGCUGUUCACCGAGCAGACCUUCUACCUGAUCACGGGCCUGAAACCCUUCACCAGCUACGGCCUGCGGGUGGUCGGUUUCAACGCGAACGGACCGGGCACAUCGUCUGAAAAUCUGGAGGCCAGGACGUCACAGUGCAAGCCCUCCGGCAUCCCCGACAACAUCGCCGUCGAAGCAGAUUCCUCGACGUCGAUAAUCGUGACCUGGGAACCGCCACCCCUCAACCAACGCAAUGGUCUGAUCAACGGCUACAAACUGAAGUAUCGUACCAUAGACAACGGGAAACGAACGCACUCACUGGUCAUUGAGGGCACACAAAGGGCCUACACAAUUCCAGAUUUGGAAAGAGGCACGGGCUACGAAGUGCGGAUGGCUGCCUACAACAACAAUGGCACAGGACCCUACUCGGAUUGGAUCCAGGUUAACACCUUUGACAUCGACAAAAAUGAGAACAGAGUACCCCCUAAACCAGCUGAUAUCAUCGCCACCUCCACCCAUAACAAAAUCGAGGUAUCCUGGGUACCCCCGUUGGACCAGACUAUAAUGGUCCGUGGUUACAUCCUUGGCUAUGGGCCAAGUAUUCCGGACGCCUUUCGGGAGCGUCUGCCGGGCUCCCAGACCCAAGUCGUCCUUACUAACCUUUUCCCCAGCACCUUGUACGUCCUGAAACUGAGGGCGUACAAUAGGGUCGGUGAAGGGGCGCCUUUGUACUUGGACGUUCAUACGAAGCAGCCCAGAACCGCGGUUCCCUCCAUCCCCAUAGAGCUCAAGGCUAUUGUGACCUCGCCCUACGAUGCCAUCCUUACGUGGAUUGACACCGACUACACCCCAGACGAGAAACCUGUCGACAGGUACUACACCAUCAUGUACACGACUGACUACACCAACAGAGAGAUGUUUGUGAAUUCCACCGAUUCUUCCAUCGGUGUGACAGGCCUCACCCCUUACACAGAGUACAACUUUCAAGUGAAGGCCGUAUCAGGAAAUCGCCGCAGCAAAUACAGCAUGGUAGCAACUAAUACCACUUUUGACGCUGCUCCAAGCUCUGCACCCAGAUCGCUGACAGUCGUUGACGUUGAGAAUUCCACGACUGCGCUCACUGUGAACUGGCAACCACCGAGAUUACCAAACGGACAGAUCAGCGGGUACACCCUUAAAUACUCCACCAUCGACUCAUCUGAGGAAACGGAUUGGAUCGCUGAGCCGCUGCCGGGAGACGAACUGACCAAGACGCUUCACGGGUUGACUGCCAACACGGUGUAUUUCUUUAAGAUCCGCGCUCACACCAGCAAGGGGGAGGGGCCUGAAUCGGACGUUGUGUCUCACAAAUCGCCAGUUUUACCGGAUGGUUCAAAGGGACCGCUUGAACCAGUUAACCCAGCUGAGGACUCAAUACCAGUACUGCCUGGCAGGCCCUUUAAACCUGCCAAACUCCCAAAGCCAACUGAAGACCCGACGUCUCCAGCUCCGUUGGCCGGCGCCGCACCCAUGGGCUUCCCUUGGUGGCUGUGGCUCGUCAUCAUCCUGGUCGUACUCUUCAUCAUCAUCAUCGCAGUCCUUCUCUUGCUCUGCUUCAUCUGUGGCUGCUGUGCCUGCUGCGCUGACUCCUGCCCGUGCUGCGCCGCCCUGUGCGAAGACGCCUGCGGUUGUUGUGCGCCGUUCUGCGGGCCCUUUGCGGCCUGCAUCGCAGCCUGCUUCCCGUGUUGCUGCGAGGACGAAGACAGUUGUGCCAAGUGUUGGCUGAAGUGCUGCUGUGGGGCCUCGGCCUGUGUCUGCUGUGGAAAUGCAUACAGAGAACGCCGCAAGGCCAAGGGAUCGGCCAACUUGGUCGGCUAUCAUCCCGUGUCGCAGAACGGUAAGGUCAUCGGCAGCACUGGUCCGGUACCGCCUGACCUGUGGAUCAACCACGAAGGCGUCGAGAUGAAGAAAACCGACGGCAAGAAGGGUGGGAUAACCGUCAGCUCUAAGCAGGAGGAACGAGAACGGCUCGAACAGGGCGGUGGCGUGGACCAACAACGAGACCAAGUUCAAGAGACGUCUUUCACUCAAUCUUCAGUGCAGAACCAGCAAGAGUCUCAUCUUGAUGAGCAGGCGGGGUCCGGCAACCGGCAGAGCCAGUACGAAACACCGACCCUGAUGUCGGCCACGUCGCAUCGGUCCUCACUGGAAUCAGCUGUUCUACCCAUUUCACUCCCUCCCCCAGAUCUGCAUGUAGGAGGUACAGGUACUGGUGCAGUUCAUUAUGCUACAGUAGAUGAAAUGCACCGAAAGAAAAGCAACUUGAAAGAAACUACAAGACAAGAAGCAGCUAACCGGGGCUCAGUGGGUAAAACUACUCCGCGACCUCCCACCCCUAACCCUGACGCUGCCCUCUUUUCUGGUCCGUCUAUCCCCCCUCCCUCUUACCAACGCUCCGGUCGUAUUAAACGCGGCCGGCAGGACGCUAACCUAGACUCUAUGCCCUUGGGGACCAGUGCCGAAGACUUUGCAUGGCAACCAGCUCCUUCUGUAACAAUCUCUCCACCAAGGUCACAAUCACAGUCCCUGAACCGCUCAGAGGUUCGGAAUAGAGCAGCGGGUGGCACCUCCCCUCCCUAUGCAUCCUGGGGGGCCAAGGCCAACCUCAAUGAUCGCCAACAAUCCAGCGUCAACUACAACACCACCAACAUCCACGUGGAAGACGUCCGCAACAACUACACGGCCAACGACGGCUAUUCCAGCCUGCGAGACGGUGGUUACCAGGGAAGCGUGGACGCCGGCGGACAGGCCUACAGUACAUUGGACAGGCAGACGUCGUUCACUAACGCCAACUCAGGGCAGAACCAGGUUAUCACAUUCCCGGAGCAGAACGCCGGUCCACAGCCCUUCACCAUCACCUUUGAGGAGACCACCACGUCACACUCGGUGGAGAAGUCGGUACCCUUACCGGAUGGGACCAGCUACAAGACGUCUUCCAGCCAUCAGACUUUUGCCAAGUCUUACUCUACGUCGGAUGCCUCUCAGGAUCAGAAUCUGCAGGCCAUGCUUCAGGGAGGAAUAGAGAACGGACCCCUAGCGAUAGAAAUCCCAUCUACGACCAACACAGCUUUACCAGCCAUCACUGCAGCUCCCCUGUACCGCUCAGCCAGCUUUAACCCAAUCCCUCAGGAUAGUCCCUCGACUGGCACCCAGUCUUCCAGCAUCUCCAAUACCAUGGGCCGCUCCCCACCACCGCCCAACUACAACUUCACCGAGAACGCCUCGGCCCAGACCCAGUCUAGCGGCUACACUAGCGGGAGUGCCAACGCCCGCGGCCGCGCGUCGAGCAUCGGCGCGUCUUCCGUGGACAGUACUGGUUACCGUACUCGGGGAUCCGAGUCCUACCUCAGCGCCCAGGACCCCCGGGGCAACUUACGCACGACCUCCCCCAUUGACAUCCCGGCUGCCAGCACGUCCCCCUACAGCUCCAGCUUCCAGAAUUAUGAGUCCUAUCGUUCCGAGGAGCUGGACAACAACUACGGACGAUCCGCAUCAGACCUCUACGGUGGGACAUCGGGGAUCAGCGUGACGCGUCCGCGUCCGCGUGCCGGCUUCCAUACAAUCGAUCGUGCCACAGGACUCAAUGUUGACAGUGCUUACGGAAGCCCUACUAGCUACGGCAGCGGGUUUGGGUCCUAUGGUGGUGCAAGUACACUGGGAAAGACUUCUUCAGGUGGGUUAUCAGCCCCUCCACCCCGCCCAAGUAACGGCUACCAGUCCAGUGUCUUUCAGAACUCGUCCGAGUCUUUCAGAGCCUACAACGGCAGCAGCAACGUUGGCAACGGUGGGACCUCCCAAUUCUCCUUCAACAACAACAACGCCAGCACCUCUGGGGCGCCCUCUAGGCUGAUUGAGGUGGAACAUGCCGAAGUGCAGACGCCGAGCAGGUUCAACAGCAAUUCGGAUCUCCUGCAAUCCACCAGCGCCUCCCUCGGUGCUGGGUUUGACCUCUCAACCCCGAUCCGACCCCUCCGCCGCUCCAUGUCCGUGGACAACGAGUUUGGACUGGCCAACGACAGCUACUGGCCCAGCAGCAACAGCAGCUCCAAUCUGAUGUCCGGGUACCAGACCAAGAUGGAGACCCGGGAGACCAGAGAGUCCAGCAUGUCGGCUGGGUCUGAGGCCCAGCGUGGGAGAUCGCGUGUCAUUGGAGACAGGGGCUAUGGAGGGAUAAGCUCUCGCUCACGCUCACUGGAUAGGUUUGGAGAUCGUGAACGUGAAGAGCGUCACGUAUCGCCGGUCGGCGGGUACGAUUACCACACCUCCUCCCAAAGGCAACACCAAAUGGAUCGCCCCGCUUACAUGUACCCUACAAACACGACGUCAUCAGGUUACCAUAGCGAUACUAACACAACCAGUUCCCAUGACGACGGGUCAAGCACGCAGGGCUCAACGUCUCGGGGCGGGAACCCCUUGACGAGUUUUAGUGUGCCCGGCCCACCUCCUAACUACCAGCCUGCAAAAGUCAAGAUCCAGGCGCCGGCUUACAGCCCACUGAAGCGUAACCAGCAGGCGGGCGUGGCCAGAGUUAGACACCAGCCUUUACCCGUGGUGACCCCUAGGGCCCCCGAUGUGACCUACCGAGGGGUAGGGGACGGCACCAGCCCUGGGGCAGCCAAUCGUUCCUUCAGCACGGAGGAUCUCAACACUGAGAUGCUGAACCUGGAAGGUCUGAUGAAAGACUUGAAUGCUAUCACCGCCUCAGAACUACAAAGCUAGAAAUUGAUCUCCCCACACCCCCCUUCCACCUCCCCGCCCCCUUUUUACACCUCCACACCCGAACCCUAUGUAAAUACACAUGCAUCUUGUUGUAACUUUUUGUGGAACUAAUGCAAUGAUUCUGGUUUUUGUGAAGCGACCAAUGUAUCUCCGUUUUUAUACGAGAUAUAAAUGGGGGAUCGAGGUUUGACAUAGUGAAAAUGCUUGUAAGAUAAGGGGUCGGCGUCAGAAGUAACUUUUCAAUGGGGUGUUUAAAUUGAGUUGAUAUUUUGUUAAGGGUGUGUUUUUUUGGGGUGCAUUAGUGACCACAACGCACCUGUAGCUUUUGUACACGAUUACAGAAAUUUGCAAGUGGGAAAGGCGACAAAAAAAAAUGUGUAAACAGCAAUAUGAGAUAAUUGCCGAAAGUACUGAUUGAAAGGGAAAAGGCUAGGACACUGCACUUUUUGAUGUUUUUUGUAAGUAAAUAUAUGUCUUAUUUGGAAUUUUUUUACACAAACACAAAAUAUUUCACAGAAAAAAAAAAUUAAAUUUUAGUUAGGAAGCAAUUUUUUUAAUGCUUGUCAGCAAAAUGAUGAAUUUUCAAUGUAGCUUUAUUAUCGACCGUAAUAAUUAACCCACGUCAGUGGAAUCACAUGCACUUUGUAUCUGGCCACAAUUUUUGUAAAAUGAAAUAGUCUAAAUUACUUAUACUGCAAAUACUGUCCGUCAGGGUUUACUUACAAAUUGUAGAUGUAGAAGAGCGGAGACGACAGUCCAACUAAGUAGAAUUCUUGCUAGAUUGCCCCGGUUUAUGGUGCUGUUUUUCUUAAAGACUUUACCAGUGGUGUAUUUAUUUUUGUGUGUUGAUCGUUACGAUGACGUAACAGACAGGUUUUUGUAAAGAAAAACAUUUUUCUAAUGUAUUUUAGGUUUGGGAAUACAAUGAUGUAUUUUCAAAUCGGUGUUCUUUGAAGUACAUAAACUGCUGCCCCUUAAAUUUGACUUUUUAGCAGAACCAGUUUUCAGUCGCCAAUUGACCACUGUUCAUUCUAUACAGCGCCCUCUUGUGACAAUAACGGGAUGGAAAUAGAUGUUUUGGCUUUUAAAAAAAUGCAUGCACACGUGUAGUACUCGCCAAACGUUACCAAGGCUUUCUGUUAAAUAAAUUCGACACCUAAAUUAUUUUAGGUUUUUGAGGAGGGGCGAUAUUCGAUGGAAAUUGAAAAAAAAAAAAAAAAAGAUGGCAGAGACACUUCUCUUAUUUUUUUUUAAAAAUGAAAAACGUCUCUACGUAUGUAAUGAAGAGACAUUUACAUGCUAUACACAUGCAUGUAGGAUGUAAACGAUUUUGUUGGCCAAACUUUUCACUCUGAGGCAGUUAGGUUUAAAGCUACAAAAGUGAAAUUCUGAAUUGGUUUUACCAACUUGUUUCGUUGCAGCUCUUGUGAAUAUUGUGUACCGUGUACUUGGUGAGCGCAUAUGCACACACGGUAUAGUAUCAAUGAGGCACUUCAGUUUCGAAUUCAAAUGCUUUCUCCGAAUUGAUUUCUCCUCAACUGAAACACGACAGCCCUAAUAUACUUGCCAAUUUUGUUCUUUUCUUUCCCUUUUUACAUUAAUUAGUUUUCAUACGCUACGUUUUUUUUUACAGGAGUUUUUAAAGAAAGGAAAUAAGAGUGACAUAAAAUAUUUACAUAUACUGUUCAGAAUUUAAAAUAAGUAGACAUCUUUGGUGAAGUUUGAAAGUGAAUAUCAGUGUCCUUUUUUGUAUUGAUCUUUGUCCUUUUGACAAAACUGUAAAGGCAUAGGGGCAAUAUUAAGGAACCAUUAUUCUUCACUUUGUGACACAGAAGUACUUAUGUUUUGAAUAUUAGUUCGUGUACAAAUGCCUUUCAGCAGUCUGUUACUAAUGUAAAAACUGUCGUUGUUCUUUAUAUAGCCAAUUAUGAAUAUUAGUACUUAAUCCCAAACGUUGAAAGCAACCCUUUCAAAAGUUUUUUUUCUGACGUUUUCACUGCAGCAUUUGAUAUAUUUUUUUAUACUCUAAAUUAUUGCUUUGUUUUUCCCUAAACGUGUAAUGGUGCGUAAGUUAUGGUUAAAUAUUGUACUACCGGUGGCAGUGUGAUUAACUUAUUCAAUCUUAUCAAGUUUUAUCAAGUUUUAAAAAUAAUAAUAUAGGCCUACCUAUAGGUGCAGUGUAAGUUGCAAAUUAUGAAAGAAAAGUACUUUACUGGUUAUAAUUAUUUUCUAAUUUUGUUAUACAGUUUUAAUGCAUUUUAUUUUUAAUCUUUGAGAAAUAUUCAGUCAAAUUUGUUGUUCUGGCAGUAUUGUGACUUUGUAUCAUAUCACCGAUUGAAAAGAAAAAAACCAACUACUUGAGAUACUAUCCAAUGCAAAUUAAUGUCAAUUUAAGUCUGGAUCAGGUACUAAAAUGUCUUGAGGAGAAAGAAUAUCCAGUCAUUUUGAUUGUCCACGUAAUUCUGUCGUUGCUUACUUGCCAGACCAGAAGAGAUUGCUUAUGUUGUUGCUAUGCAAGUAGUAGAUGUUUUUGUAAUUUAUAAAAACAACUCGUUUUAUUUUCGUUGUUAAUGGUUUUAUUUUUGACACAGGAUAUAAGAGGGUUUGAACUUUGACCUCUGAUUUGCCUGAAAUUCACGAUAUACAUGUAGAUUGUUUUGAAGUGUAAGGUUUAUGUAUGUCCAAGUUUAUCCCGAGUAUGGCCUAAGGAUGACCUCAAGUUUAUGAAUUUUGAUGGGAGGAGAUAAAUAAAAAAAAAAUGGCAUUCAGAAAGAAUCUUAAUUGUGAAUAUUUGUCCAAUAGCUUCGCACGACGUCUGCAGAAUUGGAACCCCUUCAAGAAAAACACCAAAACCUAAACAAAAGCAAUCAAUAUCUAGUAAAGGUCACAACUACCACCGCCUAUGUCAAAGGUUAAAGUUCAAUGCCUGUUAUUCAUUUGUGUCAAGAAGUUGUAGUUGUAGUAAACUAAUGCGUUUUAUAUGUACAUUUCAUUCUAAGGAACUGGAUUUUUUUAAAGCUUGUAAAUACUAUUUGCGUAUUUAAAUAAGUGCAAAGUUUACGCUGCACCCUAACAGUCAUUUUAAACGGGCAUCUUGAAUUUCAUCUUUUAGAAGACAUGUAGAAUCGUCCAUUGCUCUUUGACUCUUGUUUUCACACGGAAUCUUUUGAUUUGCCUCCUCCAUUCUGUCUCUAUAGCCCCGCCCCCUGUCCCAGCAGUAUUGUUGACGGUAGUAUAGGAUUAGUUUAAUGACACAAUUUAACAAUACAAAUGAUUUCGUUCAGGCUGUUUAGAUGCACUGACCAAUACAAAUUGAGAAUCGAGAAACAAAAUAAGUGUAGUAGAAGUAAGAAAUGUAUUAAUGCAAAAGGUUGAUGAAUGCACCAUACCAAAUUGGCCUUAUAUCGUAACAAUUUCGAUGGAAAUUCCAAAUUACAUUUUUGGAGAUGGAUAUCCAUUUUCUAUAGACCCUGUAUUUUGCUUGAUUUUAUGACUGAGCUUUAAGAUAUGAUAUCGUUUUUAUAGUACUAAAAUGCAUGUACACAGAAUCAUGCCAGACAAUGUAAUCGUAAAGAGAAUGACUAAAAUUAGGUACAUAAAUACAACAGUUUGACAGGAGUCGCUUAAUGUGGGACAGGUAUUCCUUAAAUUAACAUUUGCUAAGAAAUUGGUUUGAUUUCAUUUGUUAAUCAAGGAUUUCAAAUGUGAUAAUUGUUUUGGUCGGGGUCAGAGUCCAGUAGUGAACGUGCCACUGUCUUUCCCACAGAGCCGUCGUUACGAAGAAAAUAUUCGACGUGAGAGCAAUUUUUGCAAUAUCCCAUAAGUCGAGUAACUUUGUAAAGAAUGAGUAUUGUUUUUUACGGAAAUUCCUCAGCGAAAGAGUUAGUCUGAGAGAACUUGUAUCGGUGAAAAAAACGAUUGGUUCCUUUAAGGUUGUAUUGCUCAUUCUCAAGUUCCGCUGUUAAAUUGUAAGUGCCGAGAAUUUUUGAGUAGAGAGUGUACGUUUCAAAUGAAAAAGACGACAGGCCAAACAUCUGUGCGUAAUGGCGAUGUUGAAACGGAUGGCGUUGGGUCAUGCAUUAUAUCGUUGCAUUAUUGGUAAACUCCACACACAUAAUUUCCGUACUUUUAUGGAUGCUGCAAGAACAUUUCGACUUGAUCAUGGACAAUAAUCCUUAAGAAGCGCACAGGACGCUUUGACGAAAUGUUCCUUUCUUCAGUACAGCUUAUUUAAUUGUACUAUUUCUUCUGUAUAUAGAUUAAAUGGGGUACUAUAGGGCUAAUCGUAUUUCCUUUUCAACUGAAUCACACUUGAUACAUGUACAUAAGGUAACACUGUUGUAUUGAUGGGAGUAAUACGGCUUGUUCUGUAUGUUGGGCUUGAGUCAGGUUUCAAUCUGUAGUAACACGUGGCAUAAUUUUGACAAUAAAAACAAGCUCUUUUGUAAAAAAAAAAAAAAAA